GUGUCUGUGCUGAAUUUGUGCAAAGUGUAAACCGUGUAAUAUGUUGUGUGGUUUCCGACCAUUCUUUGCUUUUGGAAGUGGAAAUUUGGUCGACGUUACAUAAACAUAUAUACGUGGUGUGGAUUUUCAGAGAAUGACUUUCUGCUCCUUCGUAAACUCUCGAUACCACAAUGCCCGGUGAAAAAAGUAAUCCCUUUUCUAAUAAAAAUUCUAAAAUUUGAGGUGUUUUGCACCAUCGAGUGUUUUGUCCGUGUAAUGGCAGAAGAUCAGUUGGACAGGGCCAGGAUAGGCGAUGUUGCUUGAGAAGUGAUCCAUCAAAAAUGACUACUCCAGGAUUUCGUUUUCUCCUGGCUCUUCUGAUGGCCGGCACAGCCGUUGCCUUGGCGAGCGACUGUUCGUCCUCCUGCACUUGCAAGUGGAAGCAGGGUAAAGAAACGGCUGAGUGUCACAACCAAGGACUGCAGACUUUGCCUGCACACCUAGAACCAUCGACACAGGUAAUCGAUCUGUCGUAUAACAACAUACAGAGACUCCCCAGUCAGGCAUUUCUGCAAGAGAAACUCACAAACUUACAGAAGAUCUAUUUGAUAAGUUGCAACGUACAAGAAAUAGAUAAUGAAGCCUUUCAGGAGCUAAGCAACUUGGUCGAGAUCGAUCUGAGCAUGAACCUCUUAAAAAGAAUCCCAUCACAGGCCUUCAAACACACGCCUGAGCUGCGCGAACUCUACCUCCAAGGCAACUCUAUACACCACAUAGAAUUAGGUUCUUUCAGCCACUUGCAGUCUCUGAAAAGCCUGGAUCUCAGCAACUGCAACAUUACUACAAUAGCCGCUCGUGCGUUUGAGCCUCUGAGAAUGCUAGAAAAGUUGAAGCUCCAUGCCAACAAGCUGACCACUCUGCAACCUCGUCUAGUGGAGAGCUUACAGAACCUUCAUUUAGUGACGGUGCAUGACAACCCCUGGAUCUGCGACUGCCGGUUGAGGAAACUGCGAGAGUGGCUGGUGGUGACCCGCGCACCACACACGAUUUCCCCCGUGUGCUCCUCCCCGCCUCGAGUCCAGGGCCAGAACUUCGACAGCAUGGACGAAGAUCAGCUCGCUUGUCCCCCAGAGAUCCUCCCGACGGGGCGCAAGAUUGAAAGUGUCGCGGGAGAUAACGCCACCAUUUGGUGUCCCGUAGGAGGUCUCCCCACUCCGGGUGUGACCUGGUAUGUUCGUGACAUAGCGGUGGAGAACGGCUCCGUAGUAGGCGGAGCAGGUGCCCAGGGGUAUAUCCUGAAUGAGGCCACUGAGGAGCGCGGGAGCCUGCUCGUAAUAGCAGAUGCAACCGUUCAGGAUUCCGGCUUGAACAUCCGAUGCGUUGCUUCAAAUGCUGCCGGUAGUGCAUCUGCAACAUUUAUUUUAACUGUCAGCAAUCGGGUGUCAGGCCUUGCUGGGUUCUCGGCCGACAAAAUUGCUGCAAUAUCAUCCGUAUUUGUGGUGGUUGUAGCCUUGCUAAUAGGAUUUUUUUCCUUACUGGCUCGCCGCCGGAACUCCCACACGCCAGUCCCAAUAAAAACCGUGACGGUGAAUGGCGCUACCGAGUCUCGAAUUGCCGAUCUUCCAUACACUCCUUCUGCGUACGUUGGGGGAUCGGUGGUGGCACCCUCGGACAACCCCGACCUUCUUUGCGAGGCAGAACCCAACUCCGAAGUGGAGACCGCCGACGGAUGCACAACGGACGAGGGGAGCCAGCACUCCCUCUGCAGCAACACGCCCAGGUUGAACGGACACAGCCGCAGCCACACCGUGUCUCUCGACGGCGACUCGCACAAGGCGGUAAAUUGUCCCUACGACUCGAUGUGGGCGCCUGAAAGGGUUCAUGCCAUGCUGGACUCCGCAGCGCCCGAGCACGUUAUGCACACCUCACUCCACGAGCCUCUCACACCCAACUGCGACGCUCUUGUGCAGCAACGGCUUCUCUCCUCGUCCCAGCGUCACCUCAACAACCGCCUCUCGUACCUGCCAGACUUCGCGCCCGAUUAUUCCGAACUGUAUUCCUUCAGCCAAGUGGGCCCUGGUCAGACGUAUACCUCGAUGAGUGGCGUCCACGUGCCUCACUAUGGAACCAUUCCGCGCUCCAUGAAGACGAGGUCCAGCGCCCCGGAAAUCAUCCCUGGGGACGGGACACCAACGCUGACGCGGCACUCAAGGGCGUGGCACUAUGGUUCGGAAGGGACGCCCCUCAUGCCGCUCGAACAACGGGGAGGGACCGUGCCUCUGAACCCCGCCCCGCCCACCACAGCAGCCAACACCUGCCUUCCAUCGCAACCCCUACAGAGCCACAGCAGCAAACUGAGUCGCAUCACCGCACGAGACUCGCCGGACGAGGGCUACCAGGAGGGGGCGGACGUCUAGCACCCCCUCGGCGCCACGUGCAGUGACGUCAUCCGAAUGGUUCAGGUGCCAGGAUAGACAGCCCAUACUGUGUAAGACAAAACAGGACACGAUGAAUUUCUACUUUAGGUAGUCGAAGCAAAACCUAAAGAAAAAAAGGUAGUAGGAAGAAAAACUGCACAAAUCUUCUCUCCAAUGGUAGAGAUAACGUAAAGAUGAAUAAAAAAAAGACCUACAGACCAUGCAUGCGUGUCACGGUCCCCCUCCUAGUGCAGGGGCCGCUCGUCAUCACCUCCGGCGCGAAGUGGGAUUCCGACCAAACACAAAACCGACUAGCGAGAUGGUGUAGUAGAUUAACUGUAGGUUGUUUGCAUCUCAUUGCGUCGUAGUCGGCUAGAUGAAGAGCGGCCUCCUAGUGGUCGAGUCAAGAGCUUCCAGUGGACUCAGA